AACCUUAAGUUGGCUGUCAUGGUGACAUUUCUAAUUUUCAAGCUUUUUUCUUUCUUUAGUUUUUCAUCUAAAAUGAGUACAGGUAAUUUUAUUUCAGCUCCAUUUCAAAUAUUUCCAUCAUGAAAAUGGUUGUUAAUAGUUUUAGCUUCAGUUAACAAUAACAACCCCUAAUCAUAGGCAAAAAUUGUUAUAACUCUGGAAAAAGAUGUAUCCGUAAUUCACGUUUAUUUGUUUUAAAAUGCAUGUCAACCUGAACAACACUAUUUCAUCACACACUGUCAAAAAGCUUCUUUUUAAGGCAGGUAAAACCAGCCCAGUCACUUUUAGAUAAUGAGACUGAUUAGCAUCAUUACAUAUUUGAAUGUCAAACACACACAAAAACCAUACUCAUGAUACAAAUGAUCAGUGGUGGGAUUUGAUAUGCUUUUGAAGCCAUCUUCGAAAAAUUUAUCUUUUAUGGAAAUUUAUGGUGGUGGUAUUGUCAGUGGCUGUGUGUGUGUGGCUCUAAAAUGUACUCAUUCACUUAAGUAUACAUUUAGAUAUUCACUUUUACAUUUAAACCUUGACGGACAAACAAAUAAAACAUUAAAAGUGUAGUACAAUUCAAAAGAUUCAUAUUUUCAGUAAUAUAAUUAGAACUGAUCCAAAGGAGAUUAUAUAGACACUUUUGUUUCUCUUUCUUUCUCAGGUGCUGUUUGGCUCAGGAUAGAGAUUUAAUGUGCCACAUUAAAACAGGAUUCGUUCUGCUAGUUGCAUUGACAUUAUCAUUGUCUAUCAUCUAUUUUUUCUACAAUUUCUCACUCAAUCCAGUCAAAGACCCUCACAACUGGUUUAACCUUUUAAAUCAGUCUUAUAAUGUGGUGACUGAGGGCUUGUCUGGCAAAAAAUUUGUCUGGAAUUUUGUAAGUAAUCAACAAAUCAUUCAAACAACUACCACACAAAAAAAUCACAUUUCAGUGCAUCAUCAUGUGGCUCAUCCAAGCAACUAUCAUUUCAUUCUGGAUGAACGUGAUAAAUGUAGUCAGAAUCCGUUCCUGGUCUUGAUGGUCCCUGUGGCCCCUCGUCAGGUAGAUGCUCGUAAUGCCAUCCGGAGCACAUGGGGGAAUGAGAGCUCAGUCCAGGGAAAAGCAGUGCUGACUCUGUUCUUGGUGGGUUUGACUGGAGGACCUGAAGCUCAACAGCAGCUGGAGGAAGAGAGCCGACAACACAGAGAUUUAGUGCAGAGCAACUUUGUAGAUUCCUACUUCAACCUGACCAUAAAAACAAUGGUGAUCAUGGACUGGUUGGCCACUCGUUGCCCUCAAGCGAAUUUUAGUAUGAAGGUUGAUUCUGACAUGUACAUAAACAUGGAGAACCUGAUGAGCCUGCUAUUGGCACCCAACACACCCAGACAGAACUACAUUACAGGAUUUUUAAUGUGGAACCAGAAUGUCAUUAGAGACAAAAAAUCUAAGUAUUAUGUCUCAGAGGAGCUGUACCCCGAAUCAAAAUACCCCACGUAUGUGUUGGGAGUAGGAUAUGUUUUCUCCAAUGAUCUUCCCAAAAAAGUAGUUGAGGCUUCCAAGGACAUGAAGCCAUUUAACAUAGAAGACGCGUAUGUGGGCACUUGUCUGAAACGUUUGGGCAUAAAACCUUCACGGGCUCCAGAUCCUUCUCAGUUUCGGACUUAUAUGAAGGAUUCUAAAGGUCAUGACCUUUCCAAGGUCAUUACAACAAUCGCAAGGUCACCAAACCAGAUAAUAAACAUAUAA